AAGUGUUUAUAAUAUAACCAGAACCACUGUUCUGAGAGCUAAACAGCAUUGCAUUUCAUCUAUGGAAGAACCAAAAGCACCUGUAGCUGUUGCUGCAACUCAACAAACUCUUCAUACUCAAACUCCCACAACCAGGAAGAGACCACUCGACUCUAAUUCUAAUUCCAAUUCCAAUUACUUCAAGAUUCGUGCCCUUGUUCGAGACCUUCGUCCCCAUUUUAUCCAGGUUCUCCAAACUCCUGACUAUAAAAAUUGCAAGGCAUCCCAUGAAAUUCGAGACCAGCUGAAAAUUGUUCUGAAGGUAUACAAUGAUAUGAAAGCGGAUGUAGUUUCUCUGAAGCAGCUACCUCAACGUUUCAAGUCUCCAGAGCAAACUCAAGUAGAGAAAGCAUUUGCACGACCAUCUGUGGGCGAAGACAGUCAGACAUCAGGCACAUAUAUUAUUGGAGGAUCUGCUUUUGGCUGGAAUUUCAUCACCUUUUCAGCCCUGGAUUCUGUCUAUUACGGUAGGACGAAGGAACAAUUUCGAUUGCAAAAAAAGACCGAGUAAUAUUUUGGUGCCAUGGCGCAAUCAAGGACUUCAUGCGCAAACUAUCCCAUUGGAACAUCUAUUCAUUCAGCCAAAAGUAGUGUAUCAGUUUCUAUAAACUUGCUAUAUUUUUAUGAAGUCCUUCGUUUCAUCAACAUUUAAAAAUUCAGCAAGAGACUAGGCACGUUCUCUGUAAUAUUUUUAAUAGCAGUUGGACUUCAUCUUGAAAGAAAAUCACAUGCUGUUUUUUUUUUUUUUUCCAUUAAAUAUUUACUGAAAAAGGAUAUGUUUUGUAUCUUAUGCAAGUUAUGUUGCUCUUUUACCAUGAACUCCAGUUAUUCCAUGGGAUGUUUUGGCUGCAAUAUGUGGAAUUGAUGCCCACAAUAAGGCACAAUGAAUGAA